AUGAACAAGCGCAAGCUCGAUGAUCCCAAACCAUUAGAAUGCAAUGCGAUUGCUGAAAACAAAUUAGCCAAGAAACAUAAAGAUCCUGGAAGCUUUUCUAUACCAUGUGUUCUAGCAAGACAUGUUAUAGACAAAUCAUUACUGGAUUUUGGAGCAAGCGUAAGUUUGAUGCCUUUAGUAGUUUGUAAAAGAUUAAACAUAGGAGACAUGCAACCAACUAGGAUGUCCCUUCAACUAGCUGAUCGAUCAGUUAAGUACCCGAUAAAUAUAUUAGAAGAUAUCCCAGUUAGAAUUGUACAACUCUAUAUCCCUACUAACUUUGUCGUAAUGGAUAUUAAGGAGGAUGAAGAAAUUCCUAUCCUUCUAGGAAAACCAUUCUUAUCAACUACUGGAACCAUGAUUGAUGUAAAAAGAGGAAAAAUGACUUUCGAAGUAGGUGAAGAGAAGGUAGAGUUUAUCCUAUCCAAAUUUCUAAAAGCACCCACCACAGACGACUCUUUUUAUGCAAUUGAUAUCAUUGAUGAAUGCAUAAGAGAGUUGGAUAAGGAGAAACCUAUCGAAACAAUAAAACUACCCUCGACGCUGUAA